AUGGUUGGAGAUUNAAUCUCUCAUGAAUCAAGACAGGGGAUGAGAGAAUUUGUAGCAGAAAUUGUAAGUAUUGGCCGCCUUCGUCAUCGGAAUUUAGUACAACUCCUGGGCUAUUGCCGGCGUAAAGGAGAAUUGCUUUUGGUAUAUGACUACAUGCCCAAUGGAAGCCUUGACAAGUACCUGUAUGACCAACCAGAGGUCAGCCUCAAUUGGAGACAAAGAUUUCGAAUCAUCAAAGGCGUUGCUUUGGGCCUAUAUUACCUACAUGAAGAAUGGGAACAAAUUGUUAUUCACAGAGAUGUCAAGGCCAGUAAUGUCUUGCUUGAUGGUGAAUUGAAUGGAAGGUUGGGGGAUUUCGGCCUUGCAAGAUUAUACGAUCAUGGAACUGAUCCACAAACAACACAUGUGGUUGGAACUCUUGGUUAUCUUGCUCCAGAGCACACUCGAACGGGGAAGGCAACAAGAAGCACUGACGUAUUUGCUUUUGGUGCAUUUUUGCUUGAAGUUGCAUGUGGCAGAAGGCCAAUAGAGCCACGAGCGGAAUCGGAGGAUGUCGAGAUAUUGGUUGACUGGGUAUUUGGUUUUUGGUGUAGAGGUGAAAUUCUUGAGGCAAGGGAUCAAAAUCUGGGUUCAGAUUAUGUAGUUGAGGAAUUGGAGUUGGUGUUGAAACUUGGGUUGAUGUGCUCUCAUUCGGAGCCAACAGCAAGGCCAAGCAUGAGACAAAUUGUGCAGUAUUUAGAGAAGGAUACCCCUUUGCCGGAGCUAUCAUCUCUUGGAAUUUCAGCGAGUGGCCUAACAUUCGCAGAUCGUGAAGGUUUCGAUGAUUUUGCUAUGUCAUAUCCAUCUACUAUGGGCCUAACAGGAUCCUCUUCCAUUGCCGAUUCACUACUUUCAGGAACUGUAGCCGCCGCGGUACAGGUAGAUGGGCUCCUUUGGAUAACAUCAUAACAGCACGGCUCCUUUGUCAAUGUUGUCUGCUGUAAAUGACUAAAUUCCAGUUGCCCCUGCCACUCCCACGUGAUC